AUGGCAGGCUUAGGAAAGACAACUUUGGCUAAGUCAGUGUACAACGAGGAUGCUAUAGACAAGUCAUUUGACAAAAGAAUAUGGGUUUGUGUCUCUAACACCUUUGAAGUGAAUUUGAUUUUAGGCCGGAUCUUAGAACUACUUAAUUCAGCAAAGACCGGAAUUCAAAGUCAGGAGGCAUUGCUUAAAAACCUCAAAGAAGAGUUGACAGGAAAGCGAUAUAUGCUUAUACUCGAUGAUGUUUGGAACGAAGAUGAUAUAAAAUGGAACAUCUUGAUGAGUUGCUUGUCGAAACUCAAUUCUGCUCAUGGAAGCACCAUAAUUGUCACUACCCGCAGUGCCAACGUUGCAUCAAUCAUAGAAACACUUCCUAGAUAUGAUUUGAAAAAUCUAUCAACAGAGGACUGUUGGUCCAUCUUGAAGCAUAGAGCUUUUCCGAAUGGUAGUACUCCAAUAGCUCCAGAUCUGGAGAGAAUUGGAAAAGUGAUUGCUGAAAAAUGUGCUGGCAUACCAUUAGUGGCAAAGGUUUUGGGAGGCAUGAUGCAUUCUAAAAACAGUACAGAUGAAUGGUUGUCAAUUCAAGAAAGUAAAAUAUGGGAAUUACCACAAGGAGAGGAUAGAAUUAUCUCAGCUUUGAAGUUGAGUUUUGAUGCUUUGAAAUCCCCAUCUCUGAAACAAUGUUUUGCAUAUUGCUCAAUAUUCAUGAAAGAUGUGGAAAUUGAAAGGGAUGACUUGAUCCAACUUUGGAUGGCUCAAGGAUUGCUCCACUCUUCAAGUUCUUUAGAGAUGGAGGACAUAGAUGUUGUAAAGGAUGACUGGGGCAUUAUUACCAAAUGCAAGAUGCAUGAUCUUGUGCAUGAUCUUUCUGAACUAGUGUCAAGAUAUGAUGAGGAAGAUAAGCUUGACGUCGGACAGGCACAAUUUCCUUCUUUAAUACCGAAAAAAAUUUCAGAAAGAAAUGCUGGGAAAUUGCGAUCCUUGUUUGUGAAUGGUGAAGCCCUUGGUAACAUCUUGGCAAGCUUUAAGUCUUUACGUGUCUUGAAACUAUACAGGUCUGAUAUUGAGGGGUUGCCUAUUUCAAUUGGUGAGCUAAAACACUUGAGAUAUCUAGACGUUUCUGAAACACACAUCAAAGAGCUCCCCAAAUCUAUUGGUAGGCUCUACAACCUACAGACGCUAAGAAUGCCUAGUUCAAGCAGUCUUCAAACGUUUGCGAAGGAGCUACAAAAUUUGAUCAACUUGAGACAUGUUUAUUUCAAUGAGUAUAUAGAAGUUCCAUUUGGGAUAAGAAGAUUGACCCAUCUGCAAACACUACCUUCCUUUACUCUGGAUGGGACAAGAAGUCAUGGAAUUGACGAGCUGGGUGGCUUGAACAAAUUGAAAGGCGAGCUGAUUAUUAGAUCUUUGGAAUAUGUGAGGGGCAAAGACGAAGCGAAAGAAUCAAAUUUAGCUGGGAAGACAAACAUACAAAGCUUGAGACUUGAAUGGGGCAAUUCCAGGGAAAGAAAUGAUGAUGACAAGGAAGUACUAGACGGCCUCGAACCACACCCUAAGUUAGAAAGCUUAUAUAUCAGCAGUUUCUUGGGUUCUAAAUUUGCGUCAUGGAUGAUGAGUGGAUUGCCAGGAAAUUUGAAAAAGAUUGUUCUAUCCAAUUGCAGAGAAUGUGAAGUAGUCCCAACACUUGGCCAUUUACCAAAUCUUAGACAUGUUGACUUUUACUUUAUGGAUAAGCUUAAAUGUCUAGGAGAUGAGUUUUAUGGUUAUAACCAAACCAGGCCAGCUUUUUUCCCAGCAUUGAAAACCUUACGAUUUAGUUCUUGCCACGCUUUAAUUGAAUGGAAGGAAGCAACUGUGAUGUCAACAGUGGCGGUAUUUCCCUGCCUGGAGGAGUUGAGUCUCAGUUCUUUGAUGCAAUUGAAAAACGCUCCCAGUCAUUUUCCAUCUCUCCAGAAGUUGCACAUACAUGUUCUUGACAAUGUCAUGCCAAUUGAAAACAUAUGCAGCCAACUAACCACUCUCACUUCCCUCUAUAUGCAAGGGAUUAAGGAGCUUACUUCUCUGCCAGUAGGGAUGGUGGAAAAGAACCAGAAUCUUCGGUCACUGAUUAUCGGCCAUUUUGAAAACCUGAGGCACUUACCUGAUGGGCUGCUACAUAAACUUCCUCUUCUUGAUGAGUUGUUUAUAUCAAGUUGCCCUAAUCUGGAGCUCAUUCCAAUUACAGAAGGCUUACCAUGUCUCCGGGAACUCAAAAUUAAGGAUUGUAAGAAACUAUCAAGCUUGCCAAGUGGGUUAAAAUAUUGCACCUCUCUUCAGAUGUUGAGUAUAAGUCGUUGCCCCAAUCUCACAUCAAUUCCAAUUCCACAAGUCCUCCCACCAUCCCUCAUUCAGUUGGAAUUUGAAUUUUGUGGUGCAUUAACAAGCUUAGCAGGUGGUCUUGAAUGUCUUACCACCCUUCAGCAGUUCAGUAUUGCUUAUUGCCCUAAGCUAACAUCCAUAUCAAUUCACAGUCUCACCUCCCUCCGCAAAUUGUUUAUUUAUGAUUAUGGACCGGAAUCCAUCAGUAGUUCUCUGGAGGAGUUGUCUUUACUUGGUUGCACAUCCCUCCGUGAAGUGAACAUUCGAAAUUGCAAGGGGUUCUCAAGUAUAUUGAGUGGACUAAAAUCUUGUACUUCUCUUCGUUCACUGUGUGUUGAUACUUGUCCAAACUUGAUGCAUUUACCGAUUGAUGGGCUGCAAACCCUCGUCUCUCUUGAGGAGCUGAGAAUAUGUUAUUGCCCUAAUCUAGAGGCUGUUCCCAAUUUGGACUACCUGACAUCCCUCCGUGAGUUGCAUAUUUAUAGCUGCAGAGGAUUGACAAGUAUACCAAGUGGCCUAGCCUCCUGCACAUCUCUUACCAAUUUGUCAAUCGACUCAUGCCCCAACUUGGUAUCUAUAGCAGAGGAUGUAUCCAGGCUGCAAUCCCUAACUCGUUUAUCAAUAUAUGACUGUGGGAAGUUACAAUGUUUGCCGACUGGCCUACAGUUUCUGACCCGUUUGGAACAUCUGACAAUUGGUAAGUUCUCGGAGGAGCUUGAUUCUUUCCCUGAUUUUGAGGCUCCAUCACAUGUUGAAGAAUUAAGGUUGUGGGGAUGGCCAAAGCUCAAGUCUCUGCCUCAACAAAUUCAACACUUCACUUCUCUAACAUCUUUGUCUAUAAUAUCUUUUAACCAAGUGGAGGCUUUGCCAGAGUGGUUGGGUAACCUUACAUCCCUUACCUUCUUGGGUAUUCAGAGGUGCGAGAAUCUGAUGUAUCUACCUCCGGUCAAAGCUAUGCAACGCCUUGACAAAUUACAAGAGCUAGUGGUUGAUGGAUGUACCCGUUUAGAGGAAAGAUGUGCAAAAAAGGUUGGCCUAGAAUGGCCCAAGAUUUCUCAUGUUCCAAACGUCACAGUCCAUGGUGUCCCUGCAGCAUCUGUAAUCCUUUGUUUCACAAUGCAGGGUUUCAGCUAUGUAUAUGGAAUAUCAGUUGUUGAUACAUGUCAUGGACUCUUGCAUGGUUGCAUAUCCCACAGAACAAAGGUCUUAUUUGAUAGCAUGUCAUUUACCUAUGCUAUUUCAAGAAUCAGACUCGAGAUUGAAGAAGAAACUCAUGCAUGCGAUGUGCCUGUGAUCUAG